CUCCAUUGCAAUUACAAUAUUCCACAACUCUUCACUCAGAUAUCCGCUCCAUUCCAAUACAUUACUGUGCAAAGCCGAAACAGUAUGUAGUGUGACCAUAACCCCCCCGCCCCUCCUUCGACACAGAGCCUCUGCAGGCACAGGCCUACUGUGGACUUGUCUCUGUAGUGUUUUGCUCCUGUAUACGGCAAUUUCGUCUCUCUUACACAUCUGAGACCGCCGGAGCUUUAGCUGAAGGCGUGCGCUGGUGGAGAUUGUCGGGCUUUGUUAGGUGUCAAGGUUUGGCGAUUAUUCGAGAACAGGUUAAACAUGGGACUCAUUCAAAGUCAAGAACGGAGGGGACAGUUAACCAAGAUUGAGAGGAGGAUGGUCCAGGCCAUGGCAGAGCGGGCACAGAAGGUCAAUGUGACUCUUAAAACUUUUAACACUUUCAUCCUCAAAUUUCCGAAGAUUGACGCCUCAUUUGAAGCCGUCAGAGAAGUUUUCAAUAAAGCAGAUAAGAAUGGGGAUGGUUCCUUGGACAUGGAGGAGUUGAAGCAGUGUCUACAGGAGUUGCAAGUGGAGUAUUCAGAUCAAGAAAUUGAGGAAUUUCAUCACGAGAGUGACAUGGAUGCUAGUCACGGAAUCCAGUUCAAGGAGUUUAUUGUUGUACUAGCGCUUAUCUACCUUCUAGGCAGACCUACUCACACAGGAGUUGAAUCAGCGAUUGGACUUCCAGACCUCGAAGCCACCUUCGAUGAAAUUGCUGAAGCUUUUGUGUUUUUCGACCGCAAUAAAGACGGCUAUGUCAGCAAGAAGGAAAUGAUCUGGGCUAUUAACGAAGCAUCGCCAUCUGGUCGGCACGGACACAGAAUUGGUGUUCAAAGAUUUGAGGAAAUGGACUGGGACAAAGACGGUAUGAUCACAUUCAAGGAGUUUUUGUUCGCUUUCACCGACUGGGUAGGACUUGAGAACGACGAAGAAGAAACAGGGCACAACAACGUGUCUUUGCCGUUUUGACAACAUUAUCUCAGAGAUUCUGCAGUCAGCAUUUACAGCUUAUUGAUGUCAAACUACGGUUAAUGAGUCCAUCAGCGAUGUAACCAACUUCGCUGGAGUAUCACAGUCUCUGUGCAGUCUAUACUGUAUCUAUAUUCCAUAUCCGGUAUAUAAGAAGUUCAGAAUUCAGAAUCUUGAAUCUAGGCUCUAGUUUUUUUAUUGGUUGUCUUUGAGUAAAUCAGUUUUUCAGAGCUUUUGUAGCCGAGCAUGAUCUAUUCUCUUGAGCUGAUCAAGCCAGAGUUGUAGCUGGUGUGCAUCAAUUCUAGGACAUGUAUUCUAUGGGAUACAGAUUUCAGUGCCUGGCAUUUGUGCAGGUUGGAGUCUUUAGUGUCCUUUCUGAUAGCCAGGUUAGGUUAUAUGCUUUUUUGCUUUAUGCCCAAAGCUACUGCUUGUCUUAAUAAUCGGCUUGAAUCGUUGAACAAAGGUUUGAAGGUUUCAGUUAUUUACACUUUUA